AUGGGCCGCUUGACCGCGGCGUGCCUCGCGGCGUCCCUGGCGCCGUCGGCCGCGAAGCAGAAGCUGCCGGCCUUCGCCUUUGACAAGAGCACGAACUGGGGCCAGCCCGACGGCCAGGUGCGCAACUGGCCCGGGCCGAACGUGGAGGCGCUGACGGCGGGCUGCGACUGGGACUACGCGCCCUACGCGCAGAAGCUCAAGCACGCGUCCAUCGGCUGGUACCCGACGACGAGCCAGUGGCAGAACUUCGACGGCCACGACCUGCUGCCCGAGCUCCACCACCUCUACGCGACGCCGCGCUUCGCCAAGGGCCUCAAGACGGACGGGGAGCACGACAAGACGGACCAGCUCGCGGGGCACUGCGAGAUCGACGUCGGCGACGGGUCGCGGUGGGUCUUCCAGCGCGUCGGCGUCUGGGAGAGCGACGGCGGCUACGACUGGUGGCAGUUCGGCUGGGCGGACCCGUUCGGCCUCGACGCGCUCCGGGCCGCGCACGGGCCCGUCUACGUCCUCAACCACUUCACGGGCGGCGUCGACGCGGACAGCGGCGAGGUGCUCGGAUUCCCGCCGAUCCACGUGCACCACGUGCACCUGUCGCCCGCGAAGACGACGCCGAUGCGGCGCAAGUGGGCGGACUGCAUCCGCGAGGAGUACCUGGGCCACCGCGACGCGGACCGCUGCGGCCACCAGUUCACGGUCCUCAUGGAGCAGCACGGCGACUACGCCUGCCGCGAGUCCGAGGGCGGCUCGAACUGCUACCUCGAGCAGCUCCCGGACGGCUACGCCAAGGUCGCCGACGGGCCCUACGCGCUCAACGGCGAGCUCAACGACGUCCGCCCCAAGGGGUCCCCGAUCCUGCGCUGGUACUACCAGGCGGCGAUCCGCUACGUGCCCGUCGAGGACGCGGCGCGGCUGGGCUUCGACCUCAGGCCGCUGAGCUUCUACUACAUCUGGUCGCCCGGGCGCCUCUACCUCAACGACCAGUCGACGAUGGUCAACACCUUCCAGACGCCGACGACCCACGACACGUUCGUCUGGUACACGGGGCGCACGCUGAGCGCCUCGACCAUGGUCCGCAUGAAGAUGCACGUGCACAACACGGUCUUCAGGGAGUCGUACUUCUUCGCGGGGACGCCGAAGCAGCUCGAGAUGGACGGCCCCGAGUUUCUACCCAAGGCGGGCGACACGACCUACGACUGCAUGCGGCCCGAGGAACACGGCUUCGCCGACAACGACGCCGUGAAGCGGCACGUCUUCGACGCGUACGAGGCCUACGACGGCCCGGAGCCCGCGCCGCGCCUCAUCUGCCGCGGCUCCACGGACUACGAGGAGGUCGCCUUCGACGGCGUCGACUACCCCUUCGACCGCCGCGCGCCGACGUGGUGCGAGCCCUGGGAGAUCAAGAAGGGCGACCCCUACGUCGUCCUCGGCAUCAACCACGCGCUCACGCGGCCGCCGGGGCCCCACCUCCCGGACACGAUCCCCGACUGGCUCCCGGGCCACCUCCACUGGUUCAUCUUGUCCGACACGCACGACGACACGUCCCACUACCGCUUCUCGAUGCUGACGCAGUACGAGGACGAGGGCUGGCAGUUCGGCAACGCGGACGGCACGAGCCUCACCCUCUUCAACGUCCUCACCAUGGUCCUCUACGGCGGCACGCCCAACCGGGCCCAGGAGACACGCACGAGACGAGUCCUCUCCGCCCUCUUCCUCGCCGUCCUCGUCGUCCUCCUCGCCGCGCUCGCUGCGCUCUACCUUCCCGGCCGGGACUCGGACGGCGACGACGACGACGCGCCCGCGCCGGCGCCGACGACGGACUACAUGACCUACGCGCCGGAGGAGGCGCGGCGACCGCGCGCGCCGCCGCCCGCCGAGCCGUGCGCGAAGGCGGGCGCGCGGGAGCGCGAGGCCGAGGCGCGCGGCCGCGGCCUCGAGACGCCGCUCGACGAUUCGAACAAGGGGUUCCGCAUGCUCCGGGCCAUGGGCUACCGCGCGGGCGCGCUCGGCGGACGGGGCGGCAUCGAGGCGCCCGUCGUGCCCGCGGCGCUCGCGCGGCACGGCGGCGCGCCGCGGCCCCGGGGCCUCGGCGCCGACGCGGCGCGCGAUCGGGCGAGGCGCGCGGUCGCCGACGCGCGGCUCCAGGCCGCCGCGGCGCUCGAGCGCCGCGCCGCGGCCUUCCACGGCGGCGUCGCCGACCGGACCCUGCGCCGCGCCACGGAGGCCGCGGCGGGCCGCGCGCGCGGCGCCGCGCGCGACCUCGACGAGCGCGCGGGCCUCCCCCCGUCGCCCAUCUGGCCCGCGGAGGUCGCCGACGUCCCGUCCCGCGCCUUCGCCGACGCGUCGGGCGCCGCCUACGCCGCGGCCCUCGGCGACGCGCCGGAGCCGCCCGGCGGCCUCGACGGCGAGCCGCCGGAGGUACAGCUACGGGCGGCCGCGGCCUACCUCCGGAGCGCCCACGGCUACUGCCUCGCCACGGGCGGCGCCGCGAGCGACAUGGACCUCGAGGCCGAGCUCGCCCGCCUCGUCGACGACGGCGACCGAUUAAAAAGGGUUGAUCUGGGCCGUCUCGCGGGCCUCUGUUCUGGACAGCCUUUCCCGGUGGCCAACGACCACGAGGCGCCCAUGCCCGCGCACUCUAGAGCCCCGCAGCCCAUAUAG